GAUGGAGGAUUUCCUGACGUACGGCAGACAGCUAGAAGCUGACGAGCUGGAGGCUGAGGUUACUCCGCCCACCCUAAAGGACUUCAGGAGAGAGAUCGAGUCCCUUCAAACACUCAGCACUGAGGUGGCUCACCUGGAUGAUGUCAUCACUCUGCUCGGCUGGCUCCAGGUCAACCUCCAACCUUUCAGAGAGUCCCUGCUGUCAGUCAUUAACGUCUGGAAACACAUGUACACCGGGUACCUGCUGGACUCACUCACAGACAGGUAAACUCA